GUUAGCAAGCAGUCGUAUCUUGUGCUCAGUCUUUAACUAGUUAACCUAGCUCUUUCUUACAUCAUGUCAUCUUGGAGAUUAUACAUCGUUCGCGAUGGGUGUAAUUGCAGUGCUUGCUCUGAAGUUAGAGAUUUAGUCGGUCAUGGCCGUAUUCGAUAUUACUAUCGUUAUGCCCCUUAUGCGCAUACAGCCAGAACAAUAAACCAUGUUCCUGCCAAUCACCAUAUUAUGCCACCUUCACACCAACACAGGCAACAAAUUAUUUUUCCACAAAAUCAGAAUGAGCAACAGGAAUCUGAUAAUUCUGAAAGUGAUGAAAAUGACACUCAGGAUGAGCGUCCCCAGCCUGCUAAUUCUGAAAGUGAUGAAAAUGACACUCAGGAUGAGCGUCCCCAGCCUGCUAAUUCUGAAAGUGAUGAAAAUGACACUCAGGAUGAGCGUCCCCAGCCUGCUAAUUCUGAAAGUGAUGAAAAUGACACUCAGGAUGAGCGUCCCCAGCCUGCUAAUAAUCAAUUACAACAACCAGGAAAUAAUGCAUAUCGCCAAUAUCUCUAUGAUAUGAUUGAUAUGUAUUCGUAUGAAAUUGCUCGUCACCGUCAGUUUCGUAAUAAUCUGGCUAAUAUAUAUAAUAAUGUAGGAAUGCAUAGACAAUAUCGGUUCUUUCGUAUUCCUAAUUAUGUUGUUUUUGGAAAUCCAGCUAUCCCGGCCUCUUUGGUAUUCUACAGACUGUCAAAUGACCGUUUUUCCCCUGAUGUUGAGGAUCAGCAUGACCAUGACCAAUAAG